AAAGAUUAAAAAAAAAAAAAAAAGGUUUAAAUCUUACUUUGAAUUUUUGUUUGAAAAUAUGUCGAGUUUGAUGGCUAUGCAAUUGCAAUGCAUGGAUGACAACUGACAAGGAUCAUGCUUUAUUUAAAAAAGACAAAAAAAUCCGAAUGUCAUGUCAGCGUCACAUCUGUUGAGUUAAAUAUAUUGUAUGCUUAAAAAUUUUAAGAAUUCCAAAAAUCUGACAUUCUUCUUUAUAUUAUUGUAAUUAUUAUAAUAUUUUAUAUGCAUGCAUACGACGUCGUAGUGGAAGUGUCAGAGAGAGGAGUUGUGGUUGUCCAAUGUCCAAUGUCCAAUGUCCACGGUUUUCAGCGUAUGGGCAAAAAGUUUCAAAGUCCCUUUGCCAAAAAAAAAGGAAUUCAAAGCAAUGAUUUGAUUGCGUCAUUUGUGGACACCAAAUUGAAGUUGAAGUUCGAAUUCCCUGUGGCUGUGGCUGUGGCUGUUGAAAUUGUGAAUUCAUUCUGUUCGAGUCAGAUUUGGUUUUUGCAGUUCGCUUCGCACCGCGCCUUGUUGUGUUCUAAAAUUGUAAUCCAACCUCGCUCAUGAUUUAAAUUUUAACUCCACACCCAGAAACACAGAAACACCAUGAUGAAGCUUUUGAACCUCUUCAUCGCUGCCUCCAUUCCCGUUCUCAAAGUGCUUCUUAUUACUGCGCUUGGCUCCUAUCUCGCCCUCCCCCGCAUCCACAUUCUGGGCCAAGAUGCCAGAAAGCAUUUGAACGAAGUGGUUUUUUACGUAUUCAAUCCAGCCCUCGUGUCCAGCAAUCUUGCUGAAACUAUCACUUACGACAACAUGGUCAAGAUGUGGUUUAUGCCCCUUAAUAUCCUCUUAACAUUUGUGGUCGGAUCUCUGCUUGGAUGGAUUGUCAUUCAAUUGACCAACCCUCCUUCUCAUCUGCGGGGCCUCAUUCUGGGUUGCUGCUCUGCUGGAAAUUUGGGGAACAUAUUUCUGAUUAUAAUACCAGCAGUCUGUAAAGAAAAGGGAACCCCGUUUGAAGCUUCUGAAGACUGCACCACUUAUGGAAUGGCUUAUGCUUCACUUUCAAUGGCGACUGGGGCCAUUUUUCUAUGGUCGUAUGUAUACAAUAUUGUUAGAAUAUCUUCAAGGAGCAGCACCACUGAACCCAGGUUUAUUGACUUGCCCAUCAGUUCUAGGUGUUCCGAAGGUUCCGCCGUAGAGGAACCAUUGAUUCAGAAUCAACCACUUGAUGAUUCUUCAAAGAAAUUACUGGUCUUGGAGGAAGAUGCAGAUAGCUGCUCCCCGCCUUGCAUUAGAACUCAACUGAGGCCCAAGGUUCCAACUGCAGUCCGAAUAGGCGCAUUCGUUAAGUCGCUUAAUUUGAAAUCAUUAUUUGCCCCUUCAACAAUUGGAGCGAUUGCUGGUUUUGCGAUUGGCCUCAUCCCUCAAAUUCGAAACUUGAUGAUAGGCACUGAUGCUCCGCUGCGUUUGAUCGAUGACUCCGCUGCCUUGUUGGGAAAUGGAGCCAUUCCAACUGUGACACUGAUCAUAGGCGGGAACCUUCUGAAAGGUUUGCGAGGAUCGGAGUUGAAGAAAUCCAUCGUCAUUAGUAUUGUUUUGGCUCGCUACAUUGUGCUGCCUUUGACAGGAAUCUUGAUCGUGAGAGGAGCUGUGAAAUUUGGUUUGGUUGAAUCUGAUCCCUUGUAUAUGUUUGUUCUUCUGCUUCAAUUUGCUGUCCCACCUGCAAUGAACAUUGGCACAAUCACUCAACUGUUUGGAGCAGGAGAGACCGAAUGCUCAGUCAUUAUGCUGUGGACUUACGUCCUAGCUUCAGUUUCACUAACAUUUUGGUCCACCUUGUUCAUGUGGCUCGUCGCUUGAAGAAAUUCAAUUGGUAAAAUGCUUUACUAGUGUAAUUAGUUUAUCCACCACAUGUGGGAAUUUGAUUAUAGAGAUUAGGCUGCAUUAGUCUUGACUUUUUACUUUUUACUUUUUAGUACCACCCCUUAAAGAAGAAGCAUGUGCAGGGCAGUACUUCGAAUUGUAGCAAUUAUUGAUUUUGUUAUAAAAGUCAAUUAUUUUUAAUGGUAUUUA